AGACAGGCCCCGCUGUUCACGAUGCGCGCUCCCGAUAAUAAACCUCUGACGCCUUCAUCCGGGAAUUACUACGAACUCGCUCUCCAACAUGGCGGCGUCAGCUAAGAAGAAGAAUAAGAAGGGGAAGACCCUCACUCUGACUGACUUCCUGGCAGAGGACAACAGCGGAGGCAAUAGCAACCCUGCACCGCCUAGCUACCCGGCAAAGUCGACUAGCUGGGCUGAUGAGACUGACGACCUGGAAGGAGAUGUUUCGACUUCGUGGCACACAGAGGAGGAGUCAUACCGGGCAUCGGCAAUUGACCGCUCCGUCCUGCCUACAGCACCUCGCUCAGCCCGUGAACCCAACGUCGACCGGUCUCGACUGCCCCGUAGCCCGCCGUACACAGCCUUCCUGGGCAACCUGCCCUAUGAAGUCUCCGAAGAGUCGAUCAAAGAUUUCUUCCGCGGCUUGGCAAUCAGUGCAGUGCGUCUGCCUCGAGAGCCCAGUAACCCAGAGAGGCUGAAGGGCUUUGGUUAUGCUGAAUUUGACGAUGUGGAUUCCCUCUUGAGAGCCCUCAGUCUAAAUGAGGAGAACUUGGGGAACCGAAGGAUUCGUGUGGAUAUUGCAGACCAGUCGAAUGAUAAAGAGAGAGACAGUGGUAUGGGAGGCCGAGACAGGGGUGGACGGAUGGAAGACAUGGGUCCCGAUAAGACGGACAGUGACUGGAGAGCUCGGCCAAGUUCUGAUGAUGAUGGACCCCCCAAGAGAGAUGAUUCCUUUGGACCCCGCAAGAGGGACGAUGGCUUUGGACCCCCCAAGAGAGAUGAUGGCUUUGGACCUCCAAAGAGUGAUGCCUUUGGAGAGAGAUCACGGGACCGUUACGAGUCGGAUCGUUUCAGAGAUGGACCACGGCGUGACGGUGAUCGUUUCGAAGGAGGAAGAGACCGCUACCGGGAUCGUUAUGACGACAGGGACCGCAGAGACUACGACAGAGGUGGUUUUGACUCUGGUAGUGGAGGUAGUCGUCGUGCCUUUGGCACCGGCUUCCGCCGUGACUAUGAUGACAAUCGGGGUAGCGGUGAUCGUUAUGGGGACAAGGAUCGUUAUGGCAGCCGUGAUGACAAGUAUGAGAAACGGGAGGAGAGGCAGGACGACAGAGCUCCUGUGCAGAGACCCAAGCUGAACCUUAAGCCCCGCAGUGUGCUCGAGGAGGCUGCUGCUGCUGCUGCUGGUGGUGGUGGAGGUGGCGGUCCUUCCCCUGCUGCUGCUCCAAGCUCCGGCAGCAGGUCCUCAUCCAUCUUUGGUGCUGCCAAGCCUGUUGACACAGCUGCUAAGGAAAGGGAGGUAGAGGAGAGGCUGAAGAAGGAGGAAGAACGUCUGCAGAGGCAGCUGGAGGAUGACAGAGGCCGGGGACCCGACAGAAAGAUGCGAGACAGAGACCCAAGCUGGCGCAAUGAGGAAUCUCAUACUGAGCGAUCUCGCACAGCAAGUGAGUCUUCACAGCCAGGAAGCACUUCUGGAAGGGGGUCUCGGUGUGGAGAUAAUGAUCGCUCUGGCGAGAAUGAAGUUUUCAGUGGGAGAGAAGGUGAACCCUCCUCCCCCGUGCCACCCUCACACCCCCCCUCUACAAGCUCCUCCAAGGAGCCCCUGAAGGUGAUGCCUGCACCUCCUCCCAAGGAGAACGCCUGGGCCAAGAGAGGUGUCGUCAACACAGGCUCUAGUGAGGGGGAAGGCCGACCUCCAGUCUCUCCUGUCUCCCCAAGUGGAUCAACUCCUCCCAAGCUCAGCUCCUCAAGUUCUGCGGAUGAAAGAGAAUCUGGAAAGGAUGAGAACAAGGCUGGCGGUGUGCGUCGGGACCGGGGGCCCCCGCUGGCAAAAGGGGGGCCUGCAGGGCGGGGCCUUGGACAGGGGCCAAACAGAGACCGAAGAAAGGAGGCAGACAGAAAGGAUAACAGAAGAGACCGAGACUCCAGACCACCUCCAGAGCCAAAGAAAUACGAAGAAACCCCAACCCCUAAAUUCAGCUCAGCCAGUAAGUACGCCGCUUUGCUAAUGGACGGAGACGACGCCGAGGACAUUGAAUAGAGGGCGUCAAUGACGACGCCUCCCGAAAAAGCAAGAAAGAGGAGAAACAGAUGAAUGCAGAUCAAAAUUAAUCUCACAUAGUUUAUGAUGAUAAAUCUCCUGGGAAGACCUCACUUCCUCCACCCUUCCUUCCUCUCCUCCUACAAACUUGUCCUCUGCUUUGAACCCCCCCCCCCCCCCGCCCCAUCUUCAGGACUUUUCAGGUUCUAAAGAUUAGUCACAUACUGGACUUGUUUUAAAAUCGAAAAAAGGAAUAGCUGACACAUGGAAAAUGAUAAAUAGCAUUGAAUUAAUUGUAAUAAAUAAAUGGAAAAAAUGAGAGAAAUCAAUGAAUUUGUGCAUUUGUAGGUUACAGGUCGGAGCACAAGACAAAGAUGUAGCUUCAUGAAGUGGAACCUCUUUUUUUUUUUUUUUUUCUGUCAUAUUCCCUGUAGAUUAAAUGUCUAACGAUUCAUCA